AUGGCGCGGCGCUCGUCCACUCUGCUGCUCGCCUUCGCGCUGCUCGCUGCCAUCUACUUCUUCGCCGCCUCUCCCGCCGGACCGCUGCUCCACCGAAGAACCUUCAAGGCCUGCGCCCUCGACCCCGAACUAUCCUAUCGUGCCGACCGCGCCAAGGUCCCCACCAUAACCAGAAAACAGACCCUCCGACAUCUUUUCGGCCUCCCGAACCUACUUGACAGCUCCAACCACUGUUACAACGCAACCACGCGCCUAGCCCCCUACGGAUUUGACCCAGACAACAAGUACACUGAUGGCAACUCAGUCUGGCUCGGUCGUGACUGGAGCAAGGAACAGCAUGAGUGUGCCGCAAGCAAUGGCCUCUUGCCCGGUGGUCGUGGGAGCCAGCCGCGCAAACGCUUUCAUCUUCCAGAUCAUAAGCCCAAUGGUCAUUUGACCGUCCAAACCCCGGACCAGGACUAUAGGAAGUCCGCCCCGCGAACCGCUGUCGUCAUGAGGACUACCGAAGGCUUCAAUUGGGCCGGAGACAUCAUCGCCUAUAUCAGGUCAUUGAUUGUCGAACUGUCCCUGGAGUCUGGCGGCGUGUACGAGCUCUUUAUUCUGGUCCAGGUGAAGGACUUGAAACAACGCAUUUUCCUCGACCCCGAGGCCUACGACCGCGUCAUCCGGAAACACGUGCCCGAGGAGUUCAGGGGCAUGGCCUACUUAUGGAACGAGAACCUUCUGAAGGAGUGGUACCCUGAGGUGCCUAACCAUAGCUACAUUCAUCAGGCAUAUCAGGCCUUGCAGCUCUUCGCCACAAACAUUGCUCCCGACUUUGACUACUUUUGGCAAUUCGAAAUGGACUGGCGCGCAACUACACCGCACCUCAAGGCCUUUGAGCGAAUGGCUUCAUGGGCGAAGGAACAACCUCGGCUCUAUCUCACCAACAUGAACUCCGCUUGGUAUCUUCCCGGCCUCCAGGGCUCGUGGCAGGACCUAUGGACGCUGAUGAACGACACGCUGUGGAACAACAAGCGUGCUGACGAGGUCCGUGAACAUGGCAAGAACUGGGGUGUCGGUGAAGAAGCGGAUCUCAUCACGCUUGCUCCGAUCGUCGAUGUUCGGACAACAAACUUUUGGCUGUUUAGAGGCAUGGUUCACAACGAUCCUCUCCAGAUCAAGAAGAAGAAGCUCCCGCACUUUGCAGCUCCAGUGGCCAUGACACGUACUUCGAAGAAGCUGCUUUCCGCUGUCCACACACUGCAACAGCAGUACGGAUUCUGGAUGGCUUCCGAGGCCACAAUGGAGACCAUGGCAUUUCAUCACGGUUUCAAGGCGGUACACGUGCAGCAUCCCGUUUUCUUCAACGGCACUGAAGAUGAUCAAAUGAUCGAUUGGCUGUUCAAUUCAGGAGGCCCUGAGAAUCUUGGGGGUGGUCCAGACAGCCAAUACAACUGGGAGGGCGCUGCACACAGGACGUUGGAGAAGUUGACCUGGUGGUGGCCGCGCGAGGGAUAUGAUCACGCAUCGCAGCAUGUGUGGUCAAAUUUCCUCAAAAAGGGAACCUGCCUACCUCCCGGCAUGUUUCAUCCCUUCAAAUGGGAGAAGUUCAAAUCUCCAAAAUGA